UAAAAUAUACUCAAAAAUGGACAGGAUUCUGUCAACCUUCAACAGAAAAAUAAUGCUACUGUUAGCGUUUUCUUUUUAAAUAAAGCAGGUAUAUGAAAUACAUGCAAUACAUGACGGGUAGCAGUUACCACAUUCCAGGCUCUGUAUGUUCAAGCCAAACGCCAAGUUUGCCAGCGUCCCCAGAACAUUAAUGCCUACUGGCUUUCACAGGGAACUGCAUUCCCCAGGAUUCAGUGCGGUAAUCAUUGCUUUUCUGCGGUUGGUGCGGUGGUUUUUUUUCAAAGCGGGUAUGGUGAAAUGUAGGAAACAGCAAUAAUAUUAACGUCUUGGCUUAGCGAUAUGGCUAAAUACAAGCGUGAUGGUUCUUCGAGUCCGCUAUCAGAAUCUGAACUGGACCCAGAUCCUCAGCGUUACCCGCCGCCGCCACCUCUGCAAUUGCCACGCCUGGAGAAACCGCUGCGCCAGGCCUUCUACAAUACCGGGGCUCUGGUUUUGGUGGGACUAUGCUUUGGGGUGGGGGUACUCAUUUAUUUUAUCCUCGAAGCGUUUCUGCGCCCACUCCUGUGGGCCGUCCUAUGCGGCACCUUUUUGCACCCGUUUAAGAAUUCCCUCACGGCAUUUGGGCGUCGCUGGCUGCGUCGCCUCCGCCAUUCCAACACGCCAGUAUUUUUGGCUACUUUCUUAUUGCCGCUGUCUUUUGCUAAUGCGGCCGCCGAAACUUUGGGUAAUGAGAUCGUGCGGCGCCGUUGGCUUCUUCUUCUUUUGAGUGCCGGAGCUCCAGUUUUGUAUGGAGUAUACUGUAUCGGUACCUCCUUUGAGGUCCAGGUGGUUCUUGAGUAUUCCGCCAGCCUCAUUUGCCAAGGACUAAACUAUUUCAGUAGCCGUUGGAUAUGGACCUUGAUAGCAGGCUAUCUGUUGACUGUGUUAUUCAGAUGGAACCCAAGCACCGAGCGUUACUUGAGAGCAAUAUCAGUUCCCCUCUGGAUUGUGCUGCUGUUUCAUUUGGCUUCUGCAGCAGGAUCUUGGAGAAUUCCAAUUGUUGUACUUAUAAUUGUCUUAAUGACAGUAGGUAUGCUUCAUGAACAAUCAAAUGGAAAAGAGCCUUCAGAGGCACAAGUUCUUGGUCAAGUAAUUUCCAUUGCAGCAUCUGCGGUCACUACAGUAAUCUCUGUUACAUGUUAUGAAUCAAGUAAUGAAGAUCAUCCAUUACAAACUUCAGAAAUUGUAGAAAGUGGCGAUCCCUUAUCAGGAUCAUCCAGUGAGAAGAGCAGGCAGAGACCUGAGAUUGCAGCAUUUCCUAAAAAGAAGAAAGCCAGUGACAUCUACUUUGUUCUGCUUGUAUGGAGCAUUAUAAUAGUCCAGAUCUGGUUUAAUUUCUGGAUAAUUCAGUUGCUGCCCUUACCUUUUGCAGUGUGGGUUUUAAAAAAACUGUUUGUCCACUUUGGAAUAGUGCAGUUCUCACUGAUUUACUGCAGUAACUAUUGGCAUACUCUGGAAGAUUUUGUGAGACAACGUCAAGAAGUUCUUGUACCCCAACCAGUUAAGGGUCUUGGAAGAAUUAUUCUCAAGUUAGACAGCAAGCUGAUCGUGUGGUUGGAAAAAAUCCUAGAUAAAAUCAUUAGCAUAUUUAUUAUAUUUGUGCUAGUGAUAGGCACCCUGCUGCUUGCAUUACUCCUUACAGCAAAGGUUCAUCAGGAAAGCGUACAUAUGAUUGAAGUAACAAGCAGAUUGAUUAAUGAAACUGUAGCCAAUCACCCAGAAUGGGCCAAUUGGCUUCCUGAAGCUCAAGUCAUUCAGAAGGCUUUGAAUUCAGCUGCUACUAAUGUUUAUCAGUAUGGGCGAGAAUGGAUAACGCAUAAGCUUGAUAAAAUAUUAGGAGAAAAAGUAAAUAAUACUGCUGUGAUUGAAAAACAAGUUCUGGAGCUUUGGGACAGACUAUAUCAUACUUGGUUUGCAAAAAAUACAACUCAUUCUGGACAACAAAAAAGUCACAAAAAGCAUUUAAAUCGUGAGCAUAGUUGGACAAGUGACAUGCUUGAUUGGCAGGAUAUUGCUUCUUUUAUUCAUGAGAAUAUUGAAACAUUUCUUUCGAUCUUAGAAUCCCUUUGGAUAGUGAUGAGUCAUAAUGUUACCCUUCUUUUCACCACAGUUACAACUUUGGUAACAGUCCUUUUCCACAGUAGCACUGCAGUUCUUAAUUUUGUUCUUUCACUGGUGAUAUUCCUGACCACAUUAUUCUACCUUUUAAGUUCCAGUGAUGAAUACUAUAAGCCAGUGAAGUGGGUGAUCAAUUUGAUCCCUUUGUUGCAGUCUGAUGCAUCUUCAAACAUAAUCAGUGAAUCUGUGGAGGAAGCCAUAAGAGGGGUAUUUGAUGCAUCUCUCAAAAUGGCUGGGUUCUAUGGCCUAUAUACCUGGCUGACUCAUACCAUCUUUGGAAUAAACAUUGUCUUCAUUCCCUCAGCUCUGGCUGCUAUUCUUGGAGUAGUUCCAUUUUUGGGAACAUACUGGGCAACUGCGCCUGCAGUUCUAGAUCUUUGGCUUUAUCAAGGAAAAGGAUAUAAAGCUAUGCUUCUCUUCAUUUGUCAUCUAUUGCCAACUUACUUUGUGGAUACAGCAAUCUAUUUGGAUAUAUCUGGAGGAGGUCAUCCUUAUCUGACAGGACUUGCAAUAGCUGGUGGAACAUAUUACCUGGGACUAGAAGGAGCCAUCAUAGGACCCAUACUCCUUUGUAUUUUUAUGGGUGCCUCUAAAAUUUACAGUGCUGUACUUGUGAGUCCAACAAAUUAAUUACUUGCUCUAUUGCAGAUGCCUUUGAAGAUUUAUUGAACUUUGGAUUUUUAGAUCGUGGUCUGCAUUACCUUACAUGAAGAGCUCCUGGCAAGUGAUGAAGUGCCCCUCACCAGAACCGGGAAGAACAUAUUUGGAAAACAACUGAUUCACCUUAUCAGAAAAGCUUUAAACUAAAAUUAAAGCAGAAGGGUAAACAAGUUUUACAACCUUUAGGAUCUAAUUCCAAGUAAAUAGAACUAGACAACCAAUCAAAUAAAAAGAUAGGGAGUGAAGAGAAAAAAACAAAAACUCAGAACCAAAGUAAAUGUAAGAAGCAGACCUGGGUUCAGCCACAAAGAAGUUAAAUGCCUAUACACUAACACUCGGUUUAGGGAACAAACAGGGUGAACUUGAAAUACUAAUACACGAGAGAAGUAGGUAUGAUGUAGUUGCAAUCACAAAAAUGUAGUGGAUUGGAACUAAUGACAGGAGUGUAUUGAUAGAAAGAUAUAAACUAUUCAAAGCUAUAUUAAGCACAGUGAUGUUGGAAGUUUAUAAUGAAGUUCUGUUAGAAGCAAAAAUACCUAACUCAUGGAUGGGAGCAACUAUUAUACCGAAAGAAGAAAAUUUAUUAAUAUGAUUAAAGCAAUAUAUCAUAAACAAUCAGCUAAGGUGAUGAUAAAUGGAGACAUGAUGGACAAUUUUGAUAUAAAAAGGCACUAGGCAGGGAUGUCCAUUGUCCCCUCUGCUAUUUAUACUGACUCUGGAAGUAUUUGCCAGAAAUAUUCGCCGAGAUGAAGAAAUAAAAGGAAUGGAAAUUAAAAAAGAGAACUACAAGCCUCAGGCGUUUGCAGAUGACCUAGUAUUAGAAGACCCAUUAGAAACUGGAAGCUAAUUUAAAAGAAGAGUAUGGAGAAGUUGCUGGAUUGAAAAUAAAGACUAGACAAAGAUUUUAGUUAAAAAGCUCACAGAUACACAAAGAGUGUUGAUGAAAAAAAUUGAUAUGCAGAUAGUCAAAAAAGUGAAGUAUUUAGGAAUACAGUUAACAACAAAAUGUGUAACAAUUAAAGAGGAUAAUUAUAUGAAACUGAUGCAACAAAUUAAAUUAGUCUUGGAGACAUGGAAAGAUUUGCAACUGUCAUUAACAGGAAGAAUAGCUAUUAUAAAAAUGAAUAUUCUGCCAAGGUUAUUAUACCUAUUUCAAACAAUUCCAAUAAAAGUGGGGGGAAAUAUUUUGAGGAAUUAGAUAAUAAAAUAAGGUCAGGGAAGAAAGCAAGAAUAGGUUUGAAAAUGCUGCAAGAUUCCAAAAAAGACAGGGCUUUGGACUGUUGGAUUGGGAAUUGUACUGCCAGGCCCCAGUAUUAACUUGUGUGAAAGAAUUGAUUAACUUGAGGCAUCAAAGACUGUUAACUUUAGAAGGGCACGACUUUCAAUGCUUUCCUAUAGUAUGGGAAGAAUAAGAUACACAGUUACUUUCAAAGACAUUAUGUCAGAAAUGCAUUGUUAUCAGUAUGGCUUAAAAUUAAAGAACAACACUACCUGGAAAUACCAGUUUGGCUUUCUACAAUGGAAGCACUGAUACAUUCUAAUAUUAUUAAUAUGGGAAAAAUUGUAAGAUAUAAAGAUAUUCUGAAUGAAAAAGGGGAAUUAAAAACCAAGCAGAAACUUAGUAGUCGAGGGAUGGACAUUGGAUGGUGGCCACAAAUGUAAAUACAAUUUCAGUAUGAGAAAGAUGCUAAAAUAUAUGGUUUUAAUUAAAAAAAAUUAACAAAAUUCGAUCAGAUAUUUACUGGAACAGAUGAAAAAUUGAUAAAGAAAAUAUAUUGUUAUUUACUGGAUAUUAAACUUGAAAGUGAGCAGGUAAAGGAGACAAUGAUUGUUUGGGCUAAAAAUUUUGGAAAUGCGAUAGAACUAGAUAAAUGGCAGGAACUAUGGGAUAG